CCAGUAUUUUUUUUUAAAAUACUGAAACUAUCAAACCUUUUUAAUUUUACAUUUUACUAAUGUGAGCUUUUCUAUUAAAAAAGAAGUUAUUAUCCAUAUUUUACAAGUUUGAUAAUAAAAAUUAAAUAAAUAAAAUAAAAAACACACUCCCGCCAUUUUCUUCUACUAGCGAGCAUCGGCAGCAGCGCUGUGGCAGUUUUUCUCAGCACUCUUGAAAGAAAACCCAGACAAUCCAAAGUCUUGUCAAUUUGAUGCUCACCCUUCGUUCGUGUAAUUGUUUGCGCUUCAUUUCCUUUCCUUAUCAUCAUCAUCAUCGUCAUCAUCACCAUUCCAAAUCUCUGUCUUCCUCGUUUCUCAUAUUCUGCAAUAAAUCCUCCUAUUUUCAUUCUACACUUCCUCUCUUUAUCAAAUCCAGUUUCAAAUCCACUAUGUCUACUCCUCGCUCCGCAUUCGACGUUCUCAUGAAAAAAUCCGCCGCAAAUAAAAAAUCCCAGUCUUCUUCUCCCAAGAAACGCAAAUCCCCUGAUUCCCAAAUUGCCCCCAAAACCCUAAUUAAUUCCACGCAAUCUUUACAACAACAGCCGCCCAAUACAAUUCAGCAUAAGGAGACCCCCCAAAAGCCCCAGGACUCUAGCUUAUCGCUCGGUGAAGAGAAAAAAGUUGAUACUGCCAAGAAACAGCGUUUGGCAAUUGCAGAAAUGAAGGGAAAGAUUAAAUCUUUGAUGAAAAAUCCUAAAGAUUUUGACCCAAAUGAAGUGGUUUAUUGGGAGAAAGGUGAAAAUGUCCCUUUUAUAUUUGUUUGUUCAGCUUUUGAAUAUUUGGAAGAUGAGAAAGAGAAGGGCAGGGGUAAUAUUACAAAUGUUGCUUGUAACAUGUUGAGGAGUGUUAUGAGUACCACUCCUGAUGAUUUGUUGGCUCUAGUUUAUCUUUUGGCCAAUCGGGUUGCGCCCGCUCAUGAGGGCGUUGAGUUGGGUAUUGGUGAAGCUAUGAUUAUUAAGGCACUUGCUGAGGCCUUUGGGAGGACCGAGAAACAAGUUAAGAAGGAAUAUGAGGGAACAGGAGAUUUAGGACGGGUUGCUCAAGCAAGUCGCUCAUCACAAUCUAUGAUGCGAAGGCCUGAGCCUUUAACAGUUUCAAAAGUUUUCAACACAUUUCAGCUGAUUGCAAAGGAUUCUGGGAAGGACAGUCAAGAUAAGAAAAAGAAUCGUAUCAAGGCACUUCUGGUUGCAGCCACCGACUGUGAACCUCAAUAUCUCAUUCGUCUACUUCAGGGAAAGUUGCGAAUCAAUUUGGCAGGACAGACACUUUUGGCUGCAUUGGGACAAGCUGCUGUGUUUUCUGAAAACCAUUGCACUGUGCCUUCAAAUAUUCAGUCUCCUUUAGAUGAGGCUGCAAAGAUUGUUAAACAAGUGUACUCUGUACUCCCUGUCUAUGAUAGAAUAGUCCCUGCUCUUCUAAAUGAUGGUGUAUGGAAUCUCCCCAAGACAUGUAGCUUUACACCUGGUGUCCCAGUUGGACCCAUGCUUGCAAAGCCAGCCAAAAGUGUUACUGAAAUAGUAGAAAAGUUCCAGGGUAAAUUCACCUGUGAAUACAAGUAUGAUGGUGAACGUGCCCAGAUACAUUUUCUGGAGAAUGGUUCAGUUGAGAUAUACAGUCGAAAUGCUGAGCGGAAUACUGGAAAAUAUCCUGAUGUUGUUGUUGCAAUUUCAAGAUCAAAGAAAUCCUCUGUGAAAUCUUUCGUUUUGGAUUGUGAAAUAGUUGCCUAUAAUCGUGGGGAAAAGAAAAUUCUGCCCUUUCAGAUCCUUAGCACCCGGCCCCGGAAAAAUGUGGUAAUGAGUGACAUCAAGGUCGAUGUUUGCAUAUAUGCCUUUGAUAUGUUGUACCUUAAUGGCAAACCACUUAUUGAAGAACAACUAGAAGAUCGUAGAAAGCUGCUUUAUGAUUCAUUUGAGGAAGACCCUGAACAUUUUCAGUUUGCAACAGCAAUAACAUCAAAUGAUCUCGAGGAAAUUCAAAAGUUCCUCGAUGCUGCUGUUGAUGCAAGUUGCGAGGGUUUAAUCAUCAAAACAUUGGACAAGGAUGCUACAUACGAGCCUUCGAAGAGGUCGAAUAACUGGGUAAAAUUGAAGAAAGAUUACAUAGAAAGUAUUGGCGACUCGCUGGAUCUUGUACCUAUUGCUGCUUACCAUGGUCGUGGAAAGCGUACAGGUGUCUAUGGUGCUUUUCUUCUUGCUUGUUACAACAGCAGUACUGAGGAGUUUGAGAGCAUAUGUAAAAUAGGCACUGGGUUUUCUGAACAAGUGCUUGAAGAACGUUCCAAUAGUCUGCGCGCUAAAGUAGUUCCUCAACCAAAGUCGUACUACAGGUAUGAAGAAAAAAUUAAACCAGAUGUGUGGUUUGAGCCCACUGAGGUAUGGGAGGUGAAAGCUGCAGAUUUAACUAUUAGUCCUGUUCAUCGUGCGGCAGUUGGUAUAGUGAAUUCUGAUAAGGGAAUUUCUCUGCGGUUUCCACGUCUAAUGCGUGUCCGGGAGGACAAGUCUCCCGAAGAAGCCACAUCAUCUGACCAGGUUGCAGAUAUGUAUAAUGCUCAGAAACAAAAUCAGCCUAAGGUUACUCAAGCUGACAGUGAUGAUGACCAGUAGUUGAAGACUUGAUGAUGGUGCAGUCAAUUCCCAGAUGAUUUUCCCUGUAAAGAUCAGCAGCUUUGUGGAUACUUGCGAGUAGAAAUCCCAUUGAACACUGAAAUCAGCCUUUGGACCUAAUAUUGAAAACAGGACUGCACGCGGCUUUGCCUGGUGAGGAUGGCACCAGACUGAAUUUUCUUCUUGAUUCCAAUUGUAUUUGUUAUGUAAAGGCUUUACACAGUCUGAAAAGUAAAGGGGCUUCAAAAUUAUUCUUUCAUCUGUAUUUGUUUCAGUGAGUUUUUCUAGAUGGUAGGGGUUAAAUCUCCUAACCUUUGGAUCAGGCCUGGAAAUCAUGUUAAAUCCCAAAUUAAUGUUGCUGUUACCAUAUUUAAACUUUGAACACAAUUGGCAACUGAAGUUCUCUAAUGGCUCAAGUCUUUGUAUGUGUA